AUGGAAGAGAUCCUGUGGCUGCGUAUCUUCAAGACCAUCGUGGGUAUUGUCGGCAUCUUGGGCAAUGGUCUCGUCUGUCUUGUCAUCGGUAAAGUCUCAUCGAUGCAGACUCGUACCAACGCCUUCAUCUUCCACCAAGCUGCGGUGGAUCUUCUUGGUUCACUGAUGAUUCUUCUGCAGAGUGGGGUCCCGCUACCUGACCAAAUGCCAGACGGCGUUCUCGGGUUGAUAGUGUGCAACGUGUGGUACUCUAACUUUUCACUUUUCCUUCUGUUUGUUAUUUCGACAUUGAACCUGCUGUCGUUGACACUGGAGCGGUACUUCGCCAUCGUUCACCCGUUCAGGUAUCAAGCGGCCUUCGCCAAGCGCCCAAAACUGAAAGUUGGCGUGGUCAUUGCGGUUUGUUGGAUCUUGGGGACCGUUAUUAAGUCUUACAGUCUCACCAUCUUCAAGGUGCAAGACGGUAAGUGCGUCUCGAAUGCUGCGAAUCGCUCGAAAGUCAUCGGGAGUCUGACGACCGUCCUGCAGUACAUCGUGCCGGUGGCAGUGAUGCUGUUCGCGUACAUUCGCAUCAGCGUGGAGCUCAAGAGAGGAGCGGCUAGGGUGGGACCGGCACCGUCCGUCAUCAGCUCAGCUGCUGGAGCAUCCAACGGGGACGGCAACGCCCAACCAGCAGGUUUGAUGGAGUCCCUACUCCGAGCUAGACGUAACACAUUCAAGAUGCUCUGGAUCGUCUUCAUCACCUUCCUGGUGUGCUGGACUCCAAACCAGACCAUCUUUCUCAUGUUCAAUCUCGGCUGGAAGCUCAACUACGACGGGUGGUACUACCUGCUGUCCGUGGCGAUGGUGGCCGCUAAUUGCUGCGUCAAUCCGGUCAUCUACGCCUUCAAGUACCGUCAAUUCCGCAAGGGGCUACGCGAGCUAUUCUGUAGUCGACGUAUAAACCGUGAGGAGGCGGUGAAUUCUGCAACUUCAUGCAGACACUCUCUACACGGUGAGCUUGGCUGAGGUGGAGUGGGUCUUCACUUUAUGAGUUUCCGACUAUUGUAAUCCGUUUGCAAAU